AGGAUAUGAUAAUCGGAUAUUCGAGGACCUUCAAGGACCCACUCCUGUCUACAACCUCAUAAAGCACUCUUUGUAUAUUUCAUGCCCGCCGACCUCGAAAAGUCUUGUUGAGCUCGAGCUUUCAGCAAACUCUCUUUGGAACGCGAUCUUUGUUAUUAUCAUCAGGGCCGGUGCCACGACCCCAACUUUUUAUCUGUCUUUAUACAGGACUGUGCUGGAACGGCAUAGCAACUCGUUCCCCUUCAGGUGAACUCUUCCAGGGGGAUCCUUAAGAGUCGCCACUGGCACGCAGAUUCAGCACGUCAGCCGCAUGCCCAUCCUUUUUUGUUUAAAUAACUCGAUCUCCUGCAUUUCCCAACGUACCAUUUCUCUGUCUUUCCACCAUGCCAAAGCGUAUCCCCACCCCUCCUCCUGGAGACGAUGAACCUCGCUACCUCACUGUUGUUCACCCUUACGUCCUUGACGGCCAUUGCAACAUGGAGUUGCCCAAGGAUAGACAGGAUUUUGCGCGUUGGGUAGCAUGCUGCAUCGAUGCUAAAUACUUUUACGCGUUUUUUCACAAGCCCAGUGCACGCGACAUGGUUAUCAUCGAGAUAGCUCGUGAAUGUCCCGAACUCGAUCGCUUACUCGGCGAACAUCGCUGGAGGGAGUUCCUGAAGAAGUCAUCCAAACAAGAACAGGAUCAAGUCUCGAAGGUAUUUUAUUGCACUUAUAGCACUGGAAGACAGGUGCAGAAGAAUGGCUGGAAGCGUAUCUAUGUCGAAGACGCUUGGUUUAAAAUGUGGUCGCCGAACAAUCAUUUCAUCACUUUCCCAUACCCUGAAACCCAUUUUUGUGAAGUGCCGAUCGAGGAUCAGACCAAUCAUCCCAUGUGUAGGCCCCUUCCGGGUGCCGUAAAGCGCACUCCCCCUGAGGCGCUGAUGGCUCCUCCACCAGUCGUCGGUUCCGAACAAUGGACAACCGACAAACAGGUUCCUGCUCCCAUUGCGAGGGCGUGGACCAAAGGCGCCCCGAAGUUCACAGCACCAGUUGGCAACGCAUGGAAGGCUGCUAUCGCUACUUCCUCUCCGCCCAUCCCUGGGCUCAAGAAGCAGCCCGCAGUUGGUGGCGGACCUAUCGCAGUGAAAGCAUCUGAUGUUUGGGUCGGCCUUCCUGCGUCCUCAGGACUUGGACCGAACGGGUGGUCAGACUCACCCACUGGAUCUGGAAUGAAUACUCCCCCAAGCGGGGCUCCCUCUCCUUUGCCCAGAACAAUAUCUAAUCAAUCCCCCACCAUCCCUCCCGGUCUGAGUGGUCCGAAAGCUUGGAAUGAUGGAACAUCCUACCCUACUCAUCCUCCUGGAAUUCCGGCAGUAUCCAACGCAUGGGGCGCUCCUCGCAUUGCGACGGCGCCUAGCCUCGAUCGCGAUAACACAAGUACCGCUAGCUGGAGCUCUAACGGAGGGUCUUCCAAUGCCAGCACCGAUAUCGUACUUACUCCCGAGGACUGUCCAUACAGGGUUCAAGUCCAAAUCUCGGACAGCAUGGAACGAGCACUGGACGGGUUGUCAGUCCAUGACGGUGAUAUGGAUCCCGAUCUCGCUGAGCUGGACUCGAUCGCACCCGGGAGGUGGGAUGAGCCCGCGAGUACUGAAGUUUGGCCUACUGCGGAUGGGACUACUUGGGACGAUGCUCCUGCAGAUGCCGAGGCGCAGUGGAUGGAGCUGAACGAUAACAAGGAGCAGGAGAAGCCGAUUAUAUGCAACGCCCAUGGAAUCAUCUGCAGGAAGGGAAUCUGCAGGGAGUACGCGAAGCAGGUUCGCGAAGCGGAGAGAGCACAGAAGGAUACAGGUUCGAACAACAAGAAGGGUAAAGGCAGAGGCCGAGGCAGCGAUCGUGGUGGACCUCCUAAUAAUGCAUUCAGAGGUCGCGGUGCGCCCGUGAAGUCAAACUGGCGAAGCGCUCCUAGGGCCAUCGUAUCUGCCGCUGCCAUGGAGCGCCGGGAGAGCCUCAACGAAGCGGAAUCCGUCGCAGCUGAAACUGCGAAUGGAUGGGGAAAUCCGUCAAAUGCCUCAUGGAAUGCGGGCGAAGAUGUGCCUGAAGAGGCAGAGCCUGCGGGCAAUGGCGCGCCUGAGCCGUCUAAUGACGGUUGGGGCCAAUCUGAAGCUAGCUUUGACCCUUGGCUUACGGAGCCCAAGUCCAAGCCUCAGCAGAAUCCCGCGCCCCAAUCUCAGCAAAGGCCAAGACUUCAGACCCAGCAGAGGCCCCAGUCGCAGUGGAAAUCUCAGCCCAAGGCUCAGUCCCAGGCUCAGUCUCAGUCCCAGUCUCAGUGGAGGCCGCAGCAGAAGUUCCAACCGCAGCAGAAGCUCCAAUCACAGCAGAAGUUCUCACCGCAGCAGAAAGCCCAGGCGAACAGCAACACCAACAACGCCUGGGUCAAGCAGAGGCCCUCCACUUCCUGGGCAGAUGAGGUGGAUGCCCAUAGCGCUGCUGGAUACCCUGACGAUGAUGGGUUCUCCACCGCCAGUAGCAGGCGUGGUGGGCGGGCCCCAGUGAAGGCUCCCAAGAGCUCUACCAGCGGGUGGGGUACUGUCGACGAGAAGCCCUGGUAAGCGUAUUGAACGAAUACAAUCGCAGGGUCGCCCCGUCUCCAUAUUUGUAUUUUUACCUGAAGUUCCAUUCCUUGUACUACUAUUCCCUGGGCGAUAUGUACCAUACCCCUGAUAGUUUUUCAUACCUACCGUGACGUACUUCAGAAUCAUUUUUCGUUUUACCGCCUGUACAUCCAAUCAGCACCUGCGAUCAUCGUCAUGUACUAUUGUAUUGCAUACUUCAAAGCCUCAUGCACAUGAUUGCUCUGUGAAAUGCAUAUUGUUGUACUUUCGCGACAGA